ACAAAUGCCAAGUGCUGACGUAUGCAGAGGAAGAGGGCAAGACCGAUGUGACUCUUGGACAGACCAAUAACUUGUAGCCGAGCAUGGCUUCUGAACUUUACGACAAAAAAGAAACCUUAACUCUCCGAAAGAAGUACAUCGCAUCUUCUUGCAGGCUUUUUUUUCCUGAUGACCCUAUCAAGAUUGUCAGAGCUCAGGGGCAAUAUAUGUUUGAUGAAAAGGACAGAAAAUAUUUGGACUGUAUUAAUAAUGUUGCUCAUGUCGGGCAUUGUCAUCCAGAAGUUGUGAAAGCUGGAUAUAUGCAGAUGCAAAAACUGAACACAAAUUCACGUUUUCUACACGACAAUAUAGUCCAUUAUGCAAAGAAAUUAUCGGAGACACUACCACAGGAACUAUCAGUUUUCUAUUUUGUGAAUUCUGGUUCAGAGGCAAAUGAUCUUGCCAUCAGGCUGGCUCAACAAUAUACACAACACAAAGAUAUUGUUGUGUUAGACAAUGCUUACCAUGGACACCUUAAUUCAUUGAUAGAUAUCAGCCCUUAUAAAUUCCGAAGUCUAAGACCACAGAAGGAUUGGGUUCAUGUGGCACCUAUUCCUGAUACAUACCGGGGAAUGUUCAGGGAGGAUCACCCUGAUCCAGCCUUGGCUUAUGCGAAUGAAGUGAAAGCUGUCAUUGAUGAAGUAAAGAAGAAAACUCGUAAGAUUGCUGCAUUUUUUGCUGAAUCUUUACCAAGUGUGGCUGGUCAAAUAAUUCCACCUGCAGGAUAUUUCCAGAAGGUUGUAGAACAUAUUCACGAAGCUGGAGGAUUGUUUGUUGCUGAUGAAAUCCAAGUUGGAUUUGGAAGAGUUGGAACACAUUUUUGGGCAUUCCAAUUACAAGAUUUUUUACCUGACAUUGUAACUAUGGGGAAACCUAUUGGAAAUGGACACCCAUUAGCUUGUGUGACUACAACUAAAGAAAUUGCAGAUGCAUUUGCUGCAACUGGAGUGGAGCAUUUUAAUACAUUUGGAGGAAGUCCAGUAUCCUGUGCAAUUGGACUUGCAGUUUUGGAAGUCAUUGAGAAGGAAGACCUAUGUGGGAAUGCUACACGAGUAGGAACCUACUUAAUGAACCUGCUAAAUAAACUGAAAGUCAAACACGCAAUCAUUGGAGAUAUCAGGGGUGUUGGUUUAUUUAUCGGAGCAGAGUUGAUAAAAGAUCAGAAGAGGACACCUGCUACAGAUGAAGCCCAGUAUUUAAUUGCAAGGUUGAAAAAGGAAUUUAUCUUACUUAGCACUGAUGGGCCAGAUAGAAACGUCCUCAAAUUCAAACCCCCAAUGUGCUUCACCAUAGAAGAUGCUCAAUAUCUAGUUGAAAAAAUUGACAGAAUACUUACUGAAUUGGAAGCAGGCAACACAUACAAAACUGGAGUGAAUUAAAAGGAACUGAAAUUAUGGACGCAGCUAUGAAGCAAAAGCAAAAACAAGACAACAGGAUUUGGCCGCACUACUUUAGGAUCGUUUUUCCCUCGUAAGAAAGUGAUCAUUUCACUUGCUUAUCAAACCAAGUUUUGGCAGCUUGCUUUCCUUACUAAGCCUGGAAAUUAAUUUUACAUUCUCAAUUUCUGCAAUUAUUUUCUUGUACAAAAACCUUUACCUUUUGCCCCCAAGAUGUUUUAUUGUCACACCUUGUGCAACGUACCUGUGUGACUCUUCCACGUGUUCUUAACCACCACCUCACCUUGUAUUCUGCAAUGUUGUAACAAAAAGACCCCUUGGAAAAGAUACACAAAUUCCUUUUAUUCUUCACUCAAUCUUGAUCAAUCCAGCAUUAAUUUCACUAUCACUGGGCUCACUGAUCUGUCCCAGAGUGCCCUAGAUUCCACUAAAGUUCUGAAUUUAGACUAGAUUAAACUUCAAUACAAAAAAGGUUGAAUACUUCACUAACAUUACAGUUACUUUUUUUGACAGUACAGUUGGACGUUAAAAAGGUCGCAAUCUCAGUGACUUACGUGGAGAAGUACCUCCUUACCAUCACCUGGCCCUGCUCACCAUAUGGACCCUUUAGUAUUUAAAAUAGUAAAAUGCACAAACAGCUGCAAAACACUAACUUUAAGAAAGAAAGUUCAUGAUUUUAUGUACAACAUAAUUUUGCACAUUGCAAAAAUAACCCAAUUCACUAAAGUGAUGUCAAUAUCUUCAGAAAUUUUUGCAGUAUUAGAACUAAACAUUUCUUUCUUAUUUAAAGUAGUUGCAUUGAAAUUACUCAUUUAGCUUCAGCUCUAGCUUUCAAUUUCAGAUCCACAGGACUGUUUGUAAACAAGCCAGUAAUAAACACCAACAGUAACAUCAAAAGUUAAUCCUACAAAUGUGGCAGUGUUCUCAUUUUCCAAAAGCAGCUAGUAGCCAACAGUCCAGCAGUAUACCCAGACAGACAUGCAAGAUACUAACGCAAGCCAGAAUGUCUUCACUUUUCUUUACUUCUGAUUUUAUGCAAAUUAAACUGAAAUAAAUACAAACAAAAAACUCAUGCAACACAAAAUACACAAAGAAACUUUUAUUUCUGGAACUUGGACUGCUCCAAUAAGCAAGGUAUUGAUGCAAAUCCAGUAAUUUUAUGUAAAAUACAAACUUACAUAAUACAUUAUUAGCAUCCAUUAGGUACCAAAAAGUACAGUAAAAACCACUUCCAUCACAGGAAAUGUACGACACAAAAGACAGAUUACAAAAUAAAAAAGCUGGAAAGUGACAGGUUUCCCUAAAACAAUCUUCUGUACAUUUGGGAGUCAUCCAGAGUGAAAACAGUUCAGACUAGUCCCUAAAUGCAACACAGUUGCAUUUAGAGGACCAGUGAAUGUUUUUGCCAGCUUGAUGACCUGAAAAAGUACCAAAAGAAAACCAAUUAUGGUCCUCAUACAAAUAUCUUUUAAUAGAAAUAAAAGCAACAAAGUGAGCUACAUGUUCAGAAGAUCACUUCACUACUGGUAACCACAUUUGCUUUGACCACUUGCUCCAUUUUCAGUGAAUGAGAUUUUUCUCUUCACCCCAUUAGGGGAAAAAAAAGGAACAAUGGUUAAAACUGUGAAAGCAUCGAACACUUUAAACCAUAGUCAUUUAAUCAUCCAAACUGAAACUAACCAAUUGCACACCAUUGUUGGAUGGCCAUAAACUACAACCACCUUGAAUGUGGCCUGUCAAUUCAAGUGCUGCAAGUAGUACUUCAUGAAUAUUACAGAAAAUAUAAUUAAUGUACCUAGUAGCAUUCUGUUCAAAUCUACAGAACAAGUUAGCUUUAAUAUACACAUCUUUGGGUGUGUGCUCAACUCCUUCAGGCUGCGUCACUUGCUAUGCAGGUAGUACAGACAUUUCUUACUAAUCCUGAACAUACUGACAGGACUCACUAGUAUUAGAACACACGUAAAAACCACAAUCCCAAGUAUUUAAGAUAGAGUUCAAGCGGGAAAGAAGGGUAUGCCUAUACAUAUAUUUAAAAAACAUUAUCAACAAACUUGCAACAAAUAUUUAAAGCUUUAAAGAGCACUCUUUGCACUCCUGUACUUACAAUCUGAUCAGAAUUAUCUGCAAUUUCCUAUGGAUGAAAGGUGGUGACCCACAGCAAUGUUUGUCCAGCAGAACACAAUUUCUGUGGAAUUUUGUAUUGCCAAAUAGCCAAAACAUUAAUUAUUGCUCAAGGAUCAAGUCCAAUUAAUUUUACAUGAAGUUUACUUACUGUUAAUCUUCAUGUGACAUUCUCCAGAUUUUACAGAGAAUGUGUGGGGUCCUUCAUCCAAAGAAGUAGCAAAAGUUUUAAAACCUAAUUGUACAGAACAAAUGGGAAUGUUUAUUAAAAAUUAUGAAAUGGUAACAAACCCAAGUUCCAUCCAAAAUCUGCCAUUAAAGGGGUGGCAUCAUCUCUUCAGAAAAUUGGGUUCAAACCCAUUUCAUUCCGUGUACAUUUAUUCAGUUUUAACAAACAUGGCAAUCAAAAUCUGUUUAAUAGCUUUAAAAAAAGGCAGUCAUGAUCUGGCCAUACAUAUUAGAAUCGGCAGGUGCCUCAAGGUAGUGUUAAGCAAGCCAAUACAUGAACUGAUUAGAUCAUGAAACUACAAGUACAAACACAGUUGUGGAGAUGGCAUUAACCUUGCAGAAUUCUGAAUUGGACCACUAAUCAAAUAUUUAGUGUAAGCAUCAAAAGUGAAUGGACUUCUAUUUUAAAUAUGUAGAAUUAACAAGAUGUACUGUGAUGCAAUAUUUCCCCCCCCCCAUACACUAGUUCUCAGCUGGCUUGCAGCAGAUAUGCUUGACACCUUGAAUAAGUGCACAUCUCAACUAGCUUUGAUAAGGAUCACAAGUUGUUUUCCUCCUUCCUACCCACACCUAAUCUAUCCUGUUUUCUGCAAAGGCACCAACAGUAUCAAAUAGUGUUGUUCUAAUCAUUAACAGAACACUUGUGAAAACCUUUUUGUUUUAUUAAAUGUCAGUCAGGAACCUUUUUUCUAAAAAAGGAGAAAAUAGGAGUUAAGUGCAUCAGGAAACAUUACCCCAGGUUAAAUCUCCCCAUUCAUUUUAGUUAUUUAAAAGAUACCAAUUUUCAGAAGUAGACUCAUAGUACUGGCAACAUACCUGCAUUCACAUCCCAUAUCAAUACGGUUUGUAACCGCCUUGGUGAGCUGCCCCACGCCUCGGUGCUUUCCCGUAGUUACCAUUACUCUGACCUGGAUGAAAACAAGCUUGCAGUUAAGUCAAUGCUCUCUGAAGUUGUUAGACAAAAAUGCAGUUUUCCACUGAAGCAAAACUAGCAAACAAAAAACACAAAACAAACACAACCAUUUCCAGAAUGGCAUGUUACAUCAAAUCUUUUAGUUGGAAAGGAAUUAGUGAAUGGCGGGAAAUGGCUACAAUAAAUGCUGAGAAUCUAAUAUUAAACUUGAACUGGUAUUUGCAACACAUUAGGCCUCAACUCACACUAACCUUGCUUCAGUACAACAAUAAGUGUACUUACUGUAAUCAUAUCCUUGACCAUAUCCACCAUAGUAACUGCUAUUGUAAUUAUAGCCAGUAUAAUCAUAGCCUCCAUAUGCACCAUAGCCACUUUGUCCGCUGUAACCAUAACUGCUGCCAUAGCUUGGAUUCCAAUAAUUAUUGCUGUAUCCUUGACUCCAGCUCUGACUUUGACCUUAACAUUUAGCAAGACAUAUU